CUUCCUCCCCAACACGAGUCAACCACUCAACCAAACAAUUCUUCACCUUUUUCUACUCUCUUCCAGCUUCUUACUUUCGUUACUACACCUGAUGCAUCAAUAAACAUCCGCCUUUUGCGUGCUAAUACUUUCAUACGACCUUUUUACAUAAUUCUACGUUUUCCCAUCAAACGGCCCACCCCACACCAUUUCUCAACCCUUGCCGCAGGAUCAACAACAACCUUAUUGUCUCCUACAUCUCUUCCUCGACCUCUCCUUUUCUUAUCCGACCUCGAGAAUACCCGGCUGAAGGAUUCCUUCUACCAUCUGCCUCAAACAUUUGAGAAGCAGCUCCUAUUCAAAAGCCUCCGACUGCCAUGAAUUACAUUCGAGGAAUCAGCGGAAGCGUUUCUAAAACAUGGAAUAGCAUAAAUCCAUCGACUCUUAGCGGAGCCAUCGAUGUUAUAGUUAUCGAACAAGAAGAUGGAUCGCUGGCAUGCUCUCCAUUUCAUAUCCGAUUCGGAAAGUUUUCACUCCUACGACCGUUCGAGAAGAAGGUGGAAUUUCGAGUCAACGAUGUCAAGCAGGACUAUGCCAUGAAGCUGGGAGAAGGUGGCGAGGCCUUCUUUGUCUUCGAGACCAGCGACACAAUUCCUGAGGCUAUGCAGACUUCUCCCUUAGUCUCCCCAGCCUCCAGUCCGCCUCUACAAGCUGCGACCUCGAGUGUGACACCUCUGUCCGAACCAGAUUUUCUGGAUCUGGAGACGAGCAAUGGAAAGGCAAGAUCUGGGAGCAUGAGCAGGCCUGGGACCGGGGUAGGAUCUACCUCGGUUUCCAGGCGGCCCAGUAACUUGAGCACUUUGACUCCUCUAUCUGCAUCUCCAGAAUUUCCAACAGAGCGACCUGUAUCAGGGGACUGGUCAGGUAUUGCACCAGUGCGACAUCAUACCGACGAACUCCUUCCGACCUCUGCACGAACACAUAAUAGCGAUGGCACAGAACGACAACGGGUGACACGGUCCAUGACCCCAACAAUACCUCCUGUUGACGGACAUUCUGAUGGGAUCACGGAAAGAUCGCAUAGUCCACCGCCUCUGCCUACUAAGGAAGCUCUCGAGCGGGCUGUCGCAUUAUCGAACAGACUCUCGGUCGCAAAUAUUCCUUCACAAGUGACAGAUACGGGUGAUUUGAUGCUGGACAUGACUGGAUACAAGAGUAGUGACGAAGAUGCGUUACGUGCUGAAGUCAUCGCUCGGAAGAUCCUCUCUGAAGAACUGGAAGGCAACUACGAUAUUGGAGCAUUGAUUGGCGCAGACGAAAAUGGCAAUCUCUGGAUCUAUAGCACUGAGGAAGCGAAGGAGGCAGCAAGUCAGCGAGCUGCCUUGGUGGGACUGAAUGAUGCCGCAUCAGAUCCUGGAUACCACAGUGAAACGGAAAGCGAUGCUCGAACGCCGCUGAUCACAACCCAUCGUCGCUCUGGUUCUGAUGCCAGUACUGGGAUUGGUUUAGAAACGCCUCCAAAAACUCCACCUGAAAGUGCAGGGGAUCCCAAUCGCAACUAUGCAAAGACGCUACGAUUGACGAGCGACCAACUGAAAUCGAUAGGUCUCAAGCCUGGUCCAAAUCCAAUGAGCUUUACAGUCAACAGAGCCACUUGUCAAGCUUUCAUGUAUCUUUGGCGCUAUGAUGUCCCUAUUGUCAUAUCUGAUAUUGAUGGAACUAUCACAAAAUCCGAUGCAUUGGGUCACGUCUUGAACUAUAUCGGUCGUGACUGGACUCACAUUGGUGUAGCCAAGCUCUACACAGAUAUUGUCAACAAUGGGUACAAUAUCAUGUAUUUGACUUCCCGCGGUGUGGGACAAGCGGACAUGACAAGAGCAUAUCUAAACGGAAUUCUUCAAGAAAGCUAUCGACUACCAAAGGGUCCUGUGAUUCUGAGUCCUGAUAGGACGAUUGCAGCACUGAGAAGAGAACUCUACAUCCGCAAACCAGAAGUCUUUAAAAUGGCCUGCUUGCGCGAUAUCAAGAAUCUUUUUGGACCCAGCCGUACCCCAUUCUACGCCGGAUUUGGCAACAAGUUAACGGAUGCUUUAUCGUAUCGCUCUGUCAGCAUCCCCAGUAAUCGCAUUUUCACGAUCAACAGUUACGCAGAAGUAUCACUGGAUCUUUUGAGUUUGAACAAGCUCAGAUACAGUUAUGUCAAUAUGCGUGAAGUUGUAGACCACUACUUCCCUCCUGUCAAUACGCUCGUGAAGGGCGGCGGAGAGGAGUAUACCGAUUUCCAGUACUGGCGAGAGCCUGUUCUUGAUAUCGACGACUUUAGUGAUUCGGAAAGCGACGAAAAGGAUGCUGUCGAUGACGGUAGUGACGAAGAGGAUGAUGAUGAGGGCAAUGAUGAACUCGGCGAUUCCUACAUUUCUAGAGAUUCGAUCGAUGAGGACGGCGAUGGUGGUCUAGAAGAGAGCAUACUGUCCGGUUCCAUUGAGGAAGAAGAAGAUCCCAUGACAAGCAGCAUGCUCGAAGCGGACGAAGUCGAAGAAUACACUGACGACGAAGCGGCAGUUGGGGAUGUCACAGGAGCCACCAACGAAGGUAGAGAGCAAGACGCAGACGCGGAAGUUAUUACAGGCAUGAAAGGUCUAGGUCUCGAACGAGAAGAUUCAGAUGACAAAAAAGUAUGAAAGAACUUGGUACAAUAGAGCUUUCCACAGCAAGGAGUCCGGGGUAUGGGAAUUCAUGAUGAAGGCAUAUACCAGCGUGUUUGGAGUUUUGUUUCUUUCCGAAAAUGCUUGUAUUUGUAUAUUCCACAUGUGCUGUUCGUCACAGCAAGCAAAGCAUAGCGAGGCGUAAUCAAGACUUUUCUCUUCGGAUAUAAAUCUUUUGUUCACUGUGUGGUGUUCGUAUUCAUCUGGUAGAAUGUCCAAAGAUGAGUGACUGACACGCAAGAAAGUCUGGUCUGCUUCUGAGUCUUGAGUGAUAAAUCUACGCUUUAAUUGUGCAUCGAGG